AUGGUGAAGAAGAGCAACACUUGUGCAAAACUUCGUCCAGUCCAGAAGGAACCUCUACUCCCUUCCUCGUCACCAGACCGACCUUGGUCUCGAUUGGCCAUGGAUCUGUUUGACCUGAAAGGUCAGACCUACAUCGUCGUGGUCCACUAUUACUCUUGUUGGGUAGAGCUACGCUUAUUCGAAAAGCUCAACAGCGUACAUGUAUUCGUUAUCAAUAAACUCAAGUCCACCUUUGACACUCAUGGCAUCCCAGAGGCAGUCGUGUCCGACAAUGGCUCUCAGUUUUCAAGCGGCAGUUUCCAAGCUUUUUCAAAAGCGUUUGGUUUCAUUCACAUCACCAGCUCUCCAAGAUAUCCCCAGAGCAAUGGUGAGGCAGAAAGAGCAGCGUAA